GAAUGGAAAAUCUUUGUUCCCAAGUUUUCUAUCAAAACCUCCUCCAAGUUAAAUGACGUGCUGAAAGGGAUGGGAAUAACAGAUGUGUUUGGGGUUCGGGCGAAUCUGAGUGGCCUUGCAGAGGAAAAGAACCUGACUGUUUCAGAGGUUGUGCACAAAGCCACGCUGGACGUAAAUGAGGUUGGAGUCUAUGCUGGAGCAAUUACUCGUAUUAGACUCUAUCCAGAGCCCCUUAUAUAUGGUGCCAUCCCAGAGAUGAAGUUCAACCGCCCUUUCAUGGUGAUCAUCACAGAGAGAAACGCAGAAAACAUUCUUUUUAUCGGCAAGAUUGUCAACCCAAUCAUCUGAGGAAAGAGAGCUUUUGUUGGUACAAACUCAAUACAAUGGAAAUACUUUAUUUGAUGCCUUGUUCCAAAUGCAUAAAC